AUGGCUGCUGCGGGGCGCUGGCCUGCCCGAGGCAGGGCCGUGGCAGCUGAGGCCUGUGGAGAGCGAUGGCACCCCGCGCGGGGGAAGCGAAAUGCGGGCCGUGAGGUGUUGCCCUGGCUCGGCCGUCAGAAUGGCUACGCUAAGGCGAUAACACCGGCGAUAACACCGGCGAUAGCACCGUCCCCGCGGAGCAGCGCGCCCGGGGCAGGGCGGCGGCGGCGGCGGCGGCGGCGGAGGCGGCGGGAGAGCGCGUUUCCUUGGCGGCGCCCUGCCCCCGGUCGCGCUCCCCUGCGCGGCGCCGCCGCAGUUGUAAUUCAGGAGGAUCUGGCGCCAAAGCUCGGCACUGCAUCUCGCCGCAAAGCCCANAAGAAAGAAAGAAAGAAAGAAAGAAAGUAUUGUCGGCGAUUACAGGCCACCCCGGCGGAACGCCGUUUACCGGGACGCGACCACGAAGCGCCCGGGGGCGGGCGGAGGGAGAGGUCGUGGGCGGAGCGGGACCGGGCGCCGCGCCCGCCUCACAUCACCUCGCUUUGGGGGCCCGCGCAGGGCUGGCUGCUGCUUCUCCCCGGCCUGCGGGGCCCUGUGGGCUCCAGGAAUAGAGUACAGCGCUGGAGAGGACAUAAGCCUUCCACAAGCGAGGGAGCUGCCUCGUUUCUGGAGCUUAAUCUUGGAGAGGAUAUUGUGAAAGUUGUAAUCGAUUGGAGCAAGCUUCAGAGCACAUCAGCACUUCAGCCAGCCUUGCUCUUUAGUGCACUUCAGCAGCAUAUUUUAUGUUUACAGCCUCUCUUAGAAAAACUCCAGUCAUUGAUCAAAGAGGAAAAUACAGGUCAUGUUGAACCUGCAGGUAAAACAGAAAGCCAAACAAGUUUAGAUGUUUAUGAUGGUAAUAGUCAGACUGAAGAAAAGUAUGGAAGUUAUGAAUUGAGAGAUCUGAAGGAUGCUCAUUUUAAUUUUGAUCCAGAAGUGGUCCAAAUAAAAGCUGGAAAAGCAGAAAUUGACAGGCGGAUAUCAGCCUUCAUCGAGAGGAAACAAGCCGAGAUCAAUGAAAAUAAUGUCAGGGAAUUUUGCAAUGUUAUUGAUUGUAAUCAAGAAAAUAGCUGUGCCAGAACAGAUGCAAUUUUCACACCCUAUCCUGGAUUUAAAAGUCAUAUAAAGGUUUCUAGGGUAGUAAAUACAUAUGGACCUCAGACUAGAUCUGAAGGAAUGCAUGGGUCCAGUCACAAAGCCAGUGUACCCGUGCAUGAUUGUGGAAACCAAGCUGUUGAGGAGAGAUUGCAAAACAUUGAAGCACACUUACGGUUACAAACAGGUGGUCCAGUACCAAGAGACAUUUAUCAGAGAAUUAAGAAGCUUGAAGAUAAGAUCCUUGAGCUGGAAGGACUGUCUCCUGAAUAUUUUCAAUCUGUAAGCUCUUCUGGCAAGAGAAGAAAGGUUCAAUCUCCCCAUCAGAGCUAUUCACUGGCUGAACUUGAUGAAAAGAUCAAUGCUAUAAAACAGGCAUUACUGAGGAAAACAAAAGAAAGCAAGUUCAAGGAGGCUGAGCAGCUUCUUCGAUAGAAGUGUUUUCAGAAUCCUCAUCAUGAUUUACACAUACCUAAACCAUAGACCUACCUGAGUAGUGUUUGUCAGAGAUGACUAGCAAUGAAGACAAAGCAUGCGUAUAUGCUCCUUUUGGAUGAUCUUCAAAGCUUUCUUUCAGAGUAACUUGUUUAAAAGCAGCCUUAUUAAUGAAAUAGUUACUUUAAAAUGAAGAAUGUUUCAGGAAUGUCAUUCUAAUAAUCCGUUCCCUUCUGUUAUAAAGGAGGACUGCAGCAUUGUUUGUAUGUGAAAAGUCUCAACCUGCACACAAAAGCUAUAUCUCACCGUGUAAUUCUUGGUGACUAAGUAUUCAAAAGGACUAUCUUUUGGAUACUGUUCAUGUAAGUAGUUUGCAUAGACUUGUGAAAUUAAAUUAAGUACUUCCUCAGAAAUAAACUGACUUUGGGAAAAAAAUUACCAAAGCCUUGCAGAAUGUAUGCUUACCUGUGGGUUUUUUUCUGUAUUUGUCACUGUUUUCACAGCUGUUGGAAAUGCACUAAAUUGCAUUUCUGUGUGACAGGUGUUUAUGGAAAUCCUAUAUGUGUAAAUAAAAACAAGUGUUCUUCACUUUUUCAGUGUUUUGUGGGAAUUCAAAUUUCAUAACCUGUUCACAAACAGUGUAUUCUAAAAACCAUCCCAGAGGAGAUUUUGAGGAGCAUGCCAGCAAGGCACCAACUUCCCUUCUAUAUGCAUGCUUACAUGACUUUUGAAGCAUGGAUGCUUGUUUAGCGUCUGACCUUUGGCCAGACUGUGAAGUGAGAUUGUGUUGUGACUUUUUGUUUGUUUUUAAU